AUGGGUAUCCUCGAGAAGAUUAUUCGCAAUGAGUCGAUGAAGAAUGACCCAAAGGAGAUUUACAACUGGAGGGUGUUCGUGGUGUGCGCAAGUGCAUGCUUUGGUGGUUUCUUGUUCGGAAUGGACACUGGUAUCAUCGGUGGUGUCCUGAAGCUCGACCCAUUCCGACAAAAGUACGGCUUGCCUUUGGCGUCCGAGAACCCCACCCUUUCCGCCAACCUCGAAGCAAACAUCGUCUCCACACUGCAAGCAGGUUGCUUCGCCGGCGCUCUCGUUGCAGGAUGGGCUGCUGAUAGGCUUGGCCGACGUAUCGCCAUGAUGAUCGCUGCUUUCUUCGCCAUUGUCGGAUCCGUCAUGCAAGCAGCCGCAGCCGGACACUUCCCAGUCAUGUACAUUGGACGUUUCAUCGCAGGUGUCGGUGUUGGAGCUGCCAGUAUGAUCACACCUCUUUAUACAUCUGAGAACGCGCCGCGAGCCAUCAGAGGUGCCUUGACGGGCAUGUACCAGUUCUUCAUUGUCACUGGAGUCUGCAUUGCCUUCUGGAUCAACUACGGAUCUCUGCUUCACUCCUCCGGCACGAUUCAGUACGUGGUGCCGCUUGCUCUCCAGGCUCUUCCUGCUGUUAUCCUCUUCUUCGGCAUGUUCAUCAGCUCCGAGACGCCCCGAUGGCUCGCACGCAAGGACCGCUGGGACGAUGCCUCAAAGGUUCUCUCCCGCAUUCGAAACCUCCCAGCAACCCACCCAUACGUCCAGGAGGAGCUCCAAGAGAUGUCUGACCAACUUGCGUACGAGAGACGACUGAUCGCUGGCUCUGGUGCCCUGGAUCUCUUGAAGGAAAUGUUCACCAUUCCAGGCAACAGGAAGCGAACUCUCAUCAGUAUUGGAUUGAUGAUAUGCCAACAGAUGACUGGAACCAACGCCAUCAACUACUACGCUCCUCAGAUCUUCUCCAACUUGGGCUUGACCGGUACCGAAUCCUCGCUCUUCGCAACUGGUAUCUACGGUGUCUUGAAGAUGGUCGGAUGCGCGCUCUUCCUCCUCCUCGCAGCCGACUCUCUCGGUCGUCGCAAGAGUUUGCUCUGGACUUCCAUCGCCCAAGGGCUCUGCAUGUACUACAUCGGCAUCUACGUGCGCGUCGAGCCCCCACAGAAGGGUGUUCCAGUCCCUCCAGCAGGUUACGUCGCCAUUGUCGCCAUCUACCUCUUCGCCGUCUUCUUCCAAUUCGGUUGGGGACCAGUCUGCUGGAUCUACGUUUCUGAAAUCCCAACCGCCAGACUCCGAGCUCUUAACGUCUCCAUCGCAGCUGCGACCCAAUGGCUCUUCAACUUCGUCGUUGCCCGUGCUACACCAAACAUGAUCGCCACUGUCGGCAAAGGUGGAUAUGGAGCAUACUUCAUCUACGGAUCUUUCUGUUUCACCAUGUUCGUUUUCACGUGGUUCUUCAUCCCAGAAACCAAGGGUAUCUCAUUGGAGAAGAUGGACGACCUGUUUGGCAAGGUCGACGUUGGAAAGGCUAUCGAUGAGGAGUCGCAAGAGGGCAACCGCAUCAACUCGACUUCGUCGCAGAAGGGUGCUGACAUCACUGUCGCUCACGUUGAGAAGUCUUGA